CGCACCGAUAGACAAUUGGAUGGGAAAAUGUAUGCUCCUCCUGCGCGAAAUUUUAGUUGCGUUUUCGAUGGUUAUUAUUAAUAGUAUCUAUUAAAUUGGUGGCAUUUCAACCGGAGCAAAGUGGAAGCCGUCUGUGAAAGAAAGAAAAAAACAGCAAUCUCUCAGGCGGAGCAUAUAAUCCCAAAGGUCGGACGAGGGAGUGGCAGGUUGAGCAGUAGCGGGUGGUGGCAGCACGCAUUCUAUUUUGAUUUUGUGCUGAAUGUCCUACUGGCGCUGGUUGUGGCUGGCCUUCAAAAUGAUCUACCAGCUGCUCUGCUGCUCGGUGAGCCUAAUCCUGUUCUGCUUCAACGUGUUCUGGUUGUUCUGCAACCUGGCCAUCCCGUGGUGCACACUGACUCUGCUCGUCGUCUGCAUCGCCUCCAAGUUCGUGAAGCUGCAGCGCAGUCCUAAUGAGAAGCGCCUGCUCAGCCUACUGAGCACGGAGGAGGACUGGCCCAGUUACUGGGCCAUCGCAAACCGGGCGGCCGGCUUUGAUGCACCCGAAAACUCCAAGGCAGGCAUUAAAAAGUGUCUCGCACGUGGAUAUCGGAACGUGCUUCUGGAUGCCGGCCUUUCGUCCUGCGGCGAAAUAGUCGUGGCUAACCCUCAACGCCUGAAUGUGGCUCAACCGCUGGCCGAGUUGCAAAAGCUAAACAUCACGGAGCAGCAUCCGAUGGGGUCCCAGUACGAGGCGGAAUCGGUGCCCUCACUCAGACAGCUUUCCGAUUUCCUCGAUACGGAGGCAGCCCAGGCAACGGUUUUUCUGCGCUUGCACGACAACAGCGCCCGUAUGAUUGACCAGCUGCAGAAGUUUAUGACCACCGACGAGACGUUCACCCAGCGCACCGUUGUUAUCAGUCGCUCACCACUUGCAAUUUAUCAGCUGCGAAAGCUGAAGCCAGAAAUCAUUUGCGGCCUUUGGCACGAGACCUACUUGUCACUGGCCAUCCUCAAAUCCUCUACUCUUAUUACCUCAAUCUAUGGUGCUAUUUUGCGCAACAUUAUUGCCCCCGUUAUCGGAAUAAGCGUGGUCUUUCUCAGCAAAGAAGAGAUUAACUUACACAUUGCCGAUCUAUGGCGCAACGUGGGCGUCCGUCCAAUAGUCUACAUGGUAAAUUCACCGAACGAAAAGCGCUACUUUCAAAAGACCAUGAAGAUCCAGUAUCUAACGGAUUCGCUACGGUCCGAACCGCACCUCCUUAUGAAGGCCUAAGAGGAUCUUCGAAAUUUAAACGAACGAAAACGAUUCAGAUCGACGCACACACUUACACAAACUGUUUGCAUUUAGCUAGCAGAGCUUAGACUUUAAGAAGAACUUAUGUAAGCAUGUUUUUUAGAAGCUUUAGAAAGUAUUAUCCCCACUUUUCCAGCACCAGUGAGAUUGAGAAUAUGAUUUAUUUACCUAGGUUCAGCUAUUUAUUUUAUUGACGGUCUGAUUUAUUUAUUUUGUUAUUUAUGGAAUUAUUUUGUUUACGCAAUACUGCUUUGUUAUAUAAGAAAAUAUUCUCUACGUUUGUAUAGGCUUACGCGAUGUACAAUAUUUCUACUUACAUACUCUACACACAAUCCUAUGCCCUAUAUGGCGUAUGAUUUUUGGAUGUGCUAUAUAUGUAUACAUACACCCAGCUUUUAUAUGAUUCCCUUGUUACUUAAAUCCCGAAUGUAAUCAAAAGUCUAUAAAUGUUUGCCCAGCAUUAGAUAUAUGUCUAUACCAAAAACCAGAUUUAAUAAAAUAUACCUUUUAUUAUGAUAAUAGAUAAUAAAGAUGACUGCAACGAUUGGUUUAAGUUCA